UAAUUCAAACAAUAACGUUAAAUUAUCAUUUAACAAUAAUUUUGAACCACCAGUGACGAGUUUAACGAAUUUAAAAAAGUGCAUUAACUGCUUGCUUCGAGUAGCAGCACAUUAUUUUAGCAUUUUACAGCACUGCGUAAAAAUGCCGGUAAAUAACAUUUUGUACUCGGAGAAGUACUCCGACGAGCACUACGAGUACCGGCACGUUAUUUUACCCGCCGAUUUGGCCAAACUCGUGCCCCGGGCCCACCUAAUGACCGAAACAGAAUGGCGCAAUUUGGGGGUACAACAAAGCCCCAAUUGGGUACAUUACAUGUUGCACACUCCUGAGCCACACAUUUUACUGUUUAGGCGACCGCUGUCGCAAAGUAACUCAAAUGGCUUGUAAGGACUUUGUGCAAAUUUGUUAAGUGUGAAAUAGGUUUAAGUUUUUUAUUAUGUAAAAAAUAAAUAAUAUGUUUUAUCAAAACCCAAUUUAUUUCACUUGCACGUUUUUACACAAGACAAGACUUAAACAGAUUAGUCUUCCACCACUGAGGCAACCUUGUAACCAUCCUCUUCUUCCCAACUCGUCUGAUUAAUUUUUUUGUUGGGCAAAAUUUUUU